CCUGUUUACGUCAUGACGUACAUCACUACGUCCACGACGAGCCGAAAAUGGCGGAGUACCUGGCGUCCAUUUUCGGCACAGAGAAAGACAAGGUCAACUGUUCCUUCUAUUUUAAGAUCGGGGCUUGCAGACAUGGAGACCGCUGCUCGAGGCUGCACAACAAGCCGACCUUCAGCCAGACCAUCUUGAUUCAGAACAUCUACCGAAAUCCCCAGAACAGCGCCCAGACGGCAGAUUCCUCCCGCUGUGCCGUCAGUGACGUGGAAAUGCAGGAGCACUAUGACGAGUUCUUUGAGGAGGUGUUCGCAGAGAUGGAGGAGAAGUACGGAGAGGUGGAGGAGAUGAACGUGUGCGAUAACUUGGGCGACCACCUCGUCGGGAACGUCUACGUUAAGUUUCGUCGUGAGGAGGAUGCAGAGAAAGCCGUCAUGGACCUGAACAACCGCUGGUUCAACGCUCAACCCAUCCACGCAGAGCUCUCCCCAGUCACGGACUUCAGGGAAGCCUGCUGCCGCCAGUAUGAAAUGGGAGAGUGCACCCGAGGCGGUUUCUGCAACUUCAUGCACCUUAAACCUAUAUCCCGGGAACUUCGCAGGGACUUGUACGGCCGCCGGAAGAAAGGGAACCGCUCCGGCUCGCCCUCCCGGGAACGCCGCUCUCGCUCCAGGGAUCGCCGGCGGGAUCGUGAAAGGCGAAGGUCGAGGGAUCGGGAGCGUUCCGGAAGGUUCUAAAGGAAUCCGAGACCGUCCCAAUGUUCCCACAGCACAUCCCACCCUCUCCACCCCAGCCGUGAUGACAAAGUUAUUUUCUUUUUGUGAAUCGUAUGAAGGUUUUUCUUGUUUCUUUUAUUCCCUUUUUUAAAGACGAGCUUGUGUCGCUUUCUCAAUAAAACAUAUUUGUAACUCAGAAGAA